GACCCGCCCCGGCACGGCCCCGGCGCGGCACGGAGCGGCCCAGCCCGGCCAUGGUGCGCUCGCUCAACUCCAUCGUGGCCGUCAGCCAGAACAUGGGCAUCGGCAAGGACGGGCGGCUGCCCUGGCCGCCGCUCAGGAAUGAGUUCAAGUACUUCCAGCGAAUGACGAGCACGGCCCGCGUGGCAGGUAAACAGAAUGCAGUGAUAAUGGGUAAAAAAACGUGGUUCUCCAUCCCUGAGAAGAACCGUCCUUUAAAAGACAGGAUUAAUAUUGUGCUCAGCAGAGAGCUCAAGGAAACCCCGAAAGGAGCGCAUUAUCUUUCCAAAAGUCUGGAUGAUGCUCUAGCUCUUUUGGAUUCACCAGAGUUAAAAAGUAAAGUAGACAUGGUUUGGAUCGUGGGAGGCACUUCAGUGUACAAGGCAGCAAUGGAGAAGCCAAUUCAUCAUCGAUUGUUUGUGACAAGAAUCUUGGAAGAAUUUGAAAGUGACACAUUUUUUCCAGAAAUUGACCAUAAAGACUACAAGCUUCUAACAGAGUACCCUGGUGUCCCUGCUGAUAUCCAAGAAGAGAAUGGGAUCCAGUACAAAUUUGAAGUGUAUGAAAAAACUGUUAUGGCACAAUAAGGGAGACAUUUUGUACUUCUGUGUAAGGGCAGGUAUUUUAAACCAUGAAGUUUUACUGAGUGUAAAGAUACAUUAAAAUUUUGAAGAAAAUCA